AUGGCCUCAACCAUCAAGACAAGAAUCCUGAUCAUAUCGGACACCCACUGUGCGCAGUUGAGCAAAGACGAAGAUGCUCCAAGCACAUAUCCCACGCCACCGUUCAAAUCACCAUUACCAUCAGCAGAUCUCCUGAUUCACUGCGGUGAUCUCACGCACAAUGGCCUCAUGGAGCAGUAUCACCGGACUCUGGACAUGAUGAAAGAGAUCGACGCGCCGGUAAAAGUCGCCAUCGCUGGCAACCACGAUUUGACCCUUGACCGAGACUAUAUUCUGAAUCACGUAGGCAAGAUGGGUGCUCAAGGUGCCUGGAACCUAGCUGGCUCCAAGGAUGAGGCUGAACGCAUAGUCCAAAAGGCGACAGACUUGUGGCUGUCUCCUGAGGGACGGGCAAGACAGGAAGGAGUUCGCCUGCUGGGAGAAGGGAUCCAUGGUAUUGACCUGCCUAACGGUGCUCAUGUUAAAGUCUACGCCAAUCCAUAUACGCCUGAGUUCUGCGAUUGGGCGUUCGCGUACGAGCACAACGAAGACAGGUUCAACCCGCCUGAGACAACUCUUCAGAACGCUUCCAACAUUGCAGCCGAGGCGAUGCCGACCUUUGACGAGCAACAGCCGAUCGAUGUAUGCAUCACGCACGGCCCGCCAUACAAACGACUCGACGAGGUUAUAGGGUCACAUGAACCAGUGGGCUGUCCGCAUCUCUUGAGAGCAGUGAUGCGCGCUCGACCUUUGGUACAUUGCUUCGGUCACAUCCACGAAGGUUGGGGCGGUGAAAGGGUCACAUGGUCUCAGGACGUGAGUGAUGUCUCUAUUCGUUCAUGUUCGUUGGAGAACUGGAAGAACGGCGAAUGGAAGGCUGGUGUGGCGCAGGAUGGGGAAGGGAUUGAGCCGGUCGAUGUCGACAUGGACGAGGCCAGAGCACGACAUGGCACCUUUCUUGACCUAUCCCAUGACGGUGAACGUGGCUUGGCGAGAGGAUCCGAGACACUGUUCCUGAAUGCCGCCGUGAUGACUGUUCGAUACAAACCUCUCAAUCCAACGUGGGUGCUGGACCUGGAUCUCCCCGCGCGGAGCUGA